UAUUGACAAUGUAAAUUAUUAUUGAUUAAUUUGAGAACAAACAUUUUGAGAACAAAACAUACGAACAGUAAUCAUAUACAUAUUUAAAUGCUGUACUGGAUGCUGGUCUUCCCAGAAUUAGGAAAUUAGUUGCGACCUUUACGACUUCUGAAUGAAAUAGCCGAGUAGUAACAUUGAGGAUUUGACCAUGUGAUGUUUUCUUUUUCAAACGUCCACUGUACUGCCAGUGCGCAGUUCUUCUAGCCCCAGUCGCAAUUUUAUACUUCUUUAUCAUUGACUAUUUUAUCGGUGAGUUAUAACCAUACAUAGUUAGUUAGCUGACCUCUUAACGUCAGGUAAAACAAGAAACUCACGUCAUUGUGAUGAUUACACACAUGAUUGGCUAGCCAGCUGAGCUAACUAUCGAUACCAGCCUUUACACGAGCUAGGUAGACAAACAACAUGGACAAAACACCAACUCCAGAAUCAUCUUCAGGGGCAUCCAAUAGGGGUUUCAGUUUAUUUGGCAGAACUUCAACGGAAUAUUCUAACACUGAACUCGCUGGGGUGCCAUUGACUGGUAUGAGCCCCAUCUCUCCAUAUCUGAAUGUGGAUCCUCGAUAUCUUAUACAAGACAGUGAUGAGUUCAUUUUACCCACUGGGGCCAACAAGACCAGAGGUCGGUUUGAAUUGGCCUUUUUCACUAUUGGAAGCUGUUGUAUCACAGGUGCUGUUCUUGGAUCUCUAAAUGGCCUGCGUAUGGGUCUGUCAGAGACCAGACAGAUGGCAUGGUCGAAGCCACGGAAUGUGCAGAUCUUGAACAUGGUGACGCGUCAGGGAGCAACAUGGGCCAACACACUUGGUUCAGUGGCUCUUUUGUACAGCGUGUUUGGAGUGGUCAUGGAGAAGGCUCGUGGAGCCGAGGAUGAUGUCAACACGGUGGUUGCCGGGACGAUGACGGGCAUGCUGUACAAGUCUCCAGGGGGUCUCCGCGGAGCGGCGAGAGGAGGCCUGGCUGGCCUGGCCCUGUCAGGACUCUAUGCCCUCUACACCAACUGGGACCACCUGAAGGGCAACUCUCCCACCCGCUACUAAUCAGAUGCUUUGCUCCCACACUGGCAGACCAGCCAGUCCACAUACUAAACCUGGGGAUUCCCCUGGAUAUUUCUGUGCUUGUAUGCAUAGUCAAUAUACUGAUACUUAGAAGGCAUCGCUUCCCAUUUUAAUACCUCUUCUCUCAUUAUAUUCUCUUGGGCAUAAGUGGCUCGCCAAGAUUGCACUAAAGAGAGCAUAGGAAGAGUGGUGGAACGAUAUGUAUUGCUUAAGUGUUUGUUUAUACUGUAAGCUGAGUUAGUGGCACAUUUAUAUCAGUAUGUUAUCACUUGAGACGUGGUUGACAGCUUCUUAUGGUCAUCAGGAUCACAUUCCAUGUUUGUGUCUUGUGUCUUUUGAGCCAUAGGUUCGCUUUGUGAUUUAUGUUACUAUGCUUUAUUGUUUCAAAGAUGGUGUCAUCAGAGCCAAGGAGUUCUUCUAGUACCAAGUAACCUAGUCCCCCUGAUGAUACUCUUGAUCCUGGCUGUUAAUGUAUAUAAGCAUACUAGCCACAUGUCAUUCAUAAAUGAUUGUACUUGAAACAAAUACAAUUGGAUUCAAAUAAAAGUUUUUACUUUCUCAUCCUUCAAAUGUCAUCCCAGUAUCAAUGAUGUCAACAGACUGAGGGAGUAGAGUCACUGACAUUAUCAGUUGUAU